AUGGCCGGAAUAAUCGACACAGUAAAGUCAACCAUCACCGAGAACUUCGGCGGCACAGCCCAUUCCCUCGCAGACCCAGAGCACAAAUUCGACCUCGAAAAAGACGUCCCAGACCUCACCUCCAAAGUGGCCGUCAUCACCGGCGGCAGCGAAGGCAUAGGCUACGGCUGCACACACACGCUCCUCUCACACAACCUCUCGAAACUAUUCAUCAUCGCGCUCUCCCCCGAAGUAUACUCUUCCGCACUCUCCCACAUCACCUCCACCCUCGGCUCGGAAACCGCCAAAAAAGUAUCCUUCAUCCAAUGCGACGUUGGCGACUGGUCCCGCAUCGCCAGCGUCGCAAAAGAAAUCGCCUCCCAGACCGACCGCCUCGAUAUCCUAAUCAACGACGCCGCCCGCGGGAUCAUGACUUACGAACUCACAGAUUAUGGCGUCGAUAGACACAUGGCCGUGAACCACAUCGGGCACGUAAUCCUGACCUCGCAUCUCCUCCCACUCAUGAAAUCCUCCGCGGGAAACGGAAACACAGUGCGGAUCGUCACCCUGGGCUCCAACGCGCACCAAGCCACGCCCUCCGACUGUAAAUUCGCGUCCUUGGAAGAACUCAACACGGACCUAGGUCCUAACGGACAAUACGGACGCUCUAAACUCGCCCAGAUGCUGUACGUGCGCUAUCUCUCUAAAUAUCUCACGGCCAAGUGCCCGAGGAUACUGGCCAAUACGGUCCAUCCGGGGUUUGUCGAUACGAAGAUGUCGACGGAGGAUAUCCACGAGCCGUACCCGAUGCUCGGGUACGGGAUGAGUGUGGGGAUGAAGCCGUUUAAGAAGGAUCAGUGGGAGGGGUGUAGUAGUGCUGUUUUCUGCGCGACGAGGACGGAGGAGAGUGGGAGGUAUGUGUGUCCGCCGGCGAGGGUGGAGGAGGGGAGUGAGUGUAAGUUGAGUGAUGAGUUGAUGGAGAGCUUGAUGAGGUUGACGAAGGAGGUUGUGAAGGAGAAGAUGGCGAGGGAGAGUGUGGAGAAGGGGUGUCCGUUGGAAUUCGUUUAG